AUGGGAGUUUAUUCUCAAAAGGAAUAUCCUCCGCAAGCCAUGAAGGAGUCCGAUUUAACAGUUGAGCCUAAAGAAGGAACGAAAAAGAUAAAAGUCAUCGCAACGAAACGUCGCGUAGAACUAAAAAAACAAAAAAAUAAGGAAAAAACAAAGAAAUUAAAGAUUAUCAAAAUCAGGCCUGCUGAACAGAUAAAGGAGCAACUAGAAAAGUCUAAAUGGAUUUUCAAAAGCGAAGUCGAUCGUCACAAAGAUAACAUUAGAACAAUUUUAUGUAAUUCCAAUGCGACGCCCAUUGGAAGAUAUGGAGGAAUUGGAUAUGGGUGCUGCUUCUGUGCGAAACAGUUUAAAACACCGAUGGAACUAAAAAAUCAUACGGUGGUUGUCCACAAGGAUGAUAAAAUGAGCUUUAUGAAAAAUGUACCUUUGCUCAGUUUCAUUGUUAAAUUGGACAUCACCAAUUUAAUAUGUGAUUUGUGUUUAACGAGCUUUGACAGUUUAGAUGGCUUAGUCGAUCAUUUAGAAUCGAUUCACAAAAAGCAUUUUCAUAAAGAAAUAAAAGAUCACAUUUUACCUUUUAAAUUUGAUGAAGGCAGGAUUAUAAAAUGUGUCGUUUGUAGCAAUGAUCAUAAUAAUUUUAAAGUGCUUUUAGAACACAUGAACACGCAUUUUAAAAAUUACGUGUGUGAUGUGUGCGGUGCAGGGUUUGUGAAUAAUAAGAUCUUGAAAACUCACGCCGCCAGACACCAGACCGGCGUAUUUGAAUGUUCGUAUUGUCCAAAAAUAUUUAAUACACUUGUUAAAAAAAGAGAUCACGAAAGAGCUAUACAUGUAACAUUUUCUAAGAGAAGUAAGUGUGGAUAUUGUGGAGAGAAAUUCUCCGAUUACACGAAGAAGAACAAUCAUGAAGUUAAAGUCCACGGCGCCAAACCUGUGGUGCUCAAGUGUCAAGCUUAUCCACUGCAAGCCGUGACGACGUCAAAUUUAACAGUUGAGCCUAAAGAAGUAACGAAAAUCCUAGAGGUCGUCGAUAUAAAACCUCGCAUAGAACUUAACACGUCUGAUGGGCUUAUAAAGGAGCAACCAGAAAAACCUAAAAGGAUAAAAAACGAAAUCAAUUAUCACAAGAAUAACAUCAGAACAAUUUUAUGCAAUUCCAACGCGACGCCCAUCGGAAGAUAUGGAGGAAUUGGAUAUGGAUGCUGCUUCUGUGUCCAACAGUUUGAAACGCCGAUGAAAUUAAAAAAUCAUACGGUGGUUGUCCACAACGAUGAUAAAAUGAGCUUUAUGGAAAAUGUACCUUUGCUCAGUUUCAUUGUUAAAUUGGACAUCACUAAUUUAAUAUGUGCUUUGUGUUUAAUGAGCUUUGACAGUUUAAAUGGCUUAGUCGAUCAUUUAGAAUCGAUUCACGAAAAGCAUUUUCAUAAAGGAAUAAAAGAUCACAUUUUACCUUUUAAAUUUGAUGAAGGCAGGAUUAUAAAAUGUGUCGUUUGUAGCAAUGAUCACAAUAAUUUUAAAGUGCUUUUAGAACACAUGAACACGCAUUUUAAAAAUUAUGUGUGUAAAGUGUGCGGUGCAGGAUUUGUAAAUAGAAAAAUCUUGAAAAAUCACGCCGCCAGACACAAGACCGGCGUUUUUGAAUGUUCGUAUUGUGCAAAAAUAUUUAAUACAUAUGUUAAGAAAAGAGAUCACGAGAGAGUUAUACAUAUAAAAUGUUCUAUGAGAAGUAAGUGUGGAUAUUGCGGGGAGAAAUUCUCCGAUUACACGAAGAAGAACAAUCAUGAAGUUAAAUUCCACGGCGCCAAACCUGUGGUGCUCAAGUGUCAAGCUUGUGAGAAAACGUACAACAACCAGAGGUCGCUAUCUGCGCAUAUAAAGAAAUAUCAUUAA